AUGGUCGAGACCGCCAGCAAGCUGAGAACUUCACCUUGCCGCAACCACACCGCGCACAGCACAUCUCUCCGUACGAGUUCAGGAGACAUGGCAGAAGAUCGGCGGCAGCACCACCUGGAGGACAACAGAGAAGACGACAUGGUGGAGACUAUGGCAGAGUACAUGGCAGCUAAGGAGGCCGAGAAGGCGACUGGCAACGGCUUCGACUUCGAGGAACAUGGCAUGCAGCUGAUCACCCAUCCCUCCUAUGGGGCUACAGACGCAGCUACGAUCGGCACGAACGCCUUUAUGGCCGAGAGUUCAUUAGUCCCGCUAGAGCCCACCUCAGCAUCCAAUACACUUCAACGGAUGCGCGCCAACAACAACCUCCCUCUUCCUAGACGAAUCCAGCUUCCACCGGCUCAGCAUGCUCGCACGGAAGACGGUACGAACGCACUGGAGUAUUGUACGCUUGAAGAGAUCAUUGCGGUCAACAGCGUGAUGUACGCAGGAUCCUACAUUGGUCGGCUCGAUUCUCCUCAGCAAAGUCAUGAGGCGAAGAGCAGGGUGGCCAUCUGGCAAAAUGCCCCGCGGCUCGAUGCCCACUAUCAACCUGCCAACACCACCUUCCAGCCCGGGCUGCACAACUCACAAUUUGCUCCGCUUGACUCGGAUGUUGUCGCCAUCGCCCCAUUCAGCCCCUCGACACUCCCCUGGCAGCAUCCACCGCAGCAAAGCUUCCCAACCCAACCGACACCCGUCCACAACGGCACCAUCGCUCUGCCACAGAGCAUCCCACAAUCCAGUCCAUCUCCACAAUGCCGUCCCCAGAAGAAGAGAGCCGACAGACUCACCCCGCUCCCCCGCUACCCCGAAUCCGACCCCUCCCACGCCAGCCACCCCUCCCACCCCGCCAACGCCCUUCUCACAUCCACUUACCGACCCGCCGGCCACAAACCCGUCUCCGUCGACCCCUACCUAAGCAAACCCUACGCCACCGAAAUCGCCUGCAUCAUCCGCCUCUUCAACCACUCGGAGUACCACUCGCACUACCGCGACACCAACGCCGCGUUGCGUACGUUCGCAUGCAUGAUGUGGGGGAUCGAGGACUGGAAGAUCUGGAUGGGGGAGACGCCGAUGCCGGAUGUGAAGGAGGGGAGGGAUAGUGAGGGGGCGGCGCUAAGGAGGUUGGAGGGGUUGAUCGCGCGGUUGAGGGGGGUGAGCCGGUGUCAUGCGGUGAUUUUGGAGGAGUGCACGGGGAGGGAGGAUUGGAGGGUUAGGUUGGGUGUGUUGAGGGAGUGA